CAGGUUUGCGCCUCCCUCUCUGGGCAGGGUUUCCUCGCUUUUUCCUCCGCGCUUCUUUUCCUCUUGUUUGUGCCGAGGCGGCUGUCAGAUUCGCCUCUUGCACGCCCGAAAGCGGCUGGUGCAGGAGCCGCUGAGCGCCUUUGCGCUCCCCUCUCGCGUUUGCCUGCCAGCUGCAGCCACUUUGCCCGGGAACCCGCCGACCUUUCAAGGAGGAUUGCAACGCCCUUGCCCCGCGCCUGCUGAAGAAGGGGGCGCGCGAUCUGCAGCCUAGCCCCGCGGGGGCUCGGGCUGCCGUUUGCACGCCCUCCUUGCACCCCCUUUUGCACGAGGCGCCUUCUGGCGUUUUUCCUGUGCGCGCGCGCGGGGACUCCAGGAAGAUGCCUGUCUGGAAACUUUAAGCAGCGUCAGGGAAAUUGUGGCGGAUUCUGACCGGGCAGCAACCUUGGUGUCCCUCUAGUGGGAUCGCGUUGUUACUCCGCCGGGGCAUCCGGGGCUCGAGCUGGCGGACGAUGAACCGAGGCUUCGUUGGCCUCUUCUCAGACCCAUCUCUCGGCCUCCGAAGCCCGAGCAACGGCCAGCAAACUUCCUUAGUCUUUUGAUAGCUUUCUGCUCACGUCCCUCCCCUCCCCGCGGCUCUCUCCAACCCAGGGAAACCGAGCUUUUGCAGGCAAGUGGAAUUGGCCGUAGGAAACCGGCCGGCAGCUUCUGUUCGCAUCCCUGCGAUGGGAAGUAAGGUCAUGGAUGCCAAGAAGAAGGAUGCCUCGUCUGGUAAGAAGAAGGACGCUGGACAGAAGAGACGCAUGCUGCGCGUUCACAUCCCCUUUCCUCUUCAUUGUCAUGACCUCCUUGGAAGAGAAGACAGUGACGCUGAUGAAGUGUCAUCCAAUGAUCUCAGUUCCUUUGCCAUGCCGUUCCUGGAUGGAGAUAUGGAUGGGUCUGAGAAACAUGCUUCGCGAAAGACAGAAGACAGCUACAAUUCAGGGAGCCCCUCCAAAGGAAUCUUCUCAAAGGGGUUCCAGAACCGACCUUCCAGUCCAUCUUCGGCUCCUGUCAAGUCUAAACAUAGUCCAGGCUCACCCAAAACGGUGUUUCCCUUCCCAUACCAGGAAUCACCACCUCGCUCCCCUCGACGCAUGAGUUUCAGUGGGAUUUUCAGGUCGUCUUCAAAAGACUCUUCCUCCUCUGGCUCUAACCCUUCCACCUCCCCUGGAGGAAUCAAGUUCUUCUCCAGAUCAAGAAAAACGUCUGGGCUUUCCUCUUCACCGUCAACUCCCACCCAGGGAACCAAGCAGCCAGCAUUUCCACUUGAAUGCUACAGACAUGAACCGGAAAGGCUAGAAACACGGAUUCACACCCCCUCUUCUCCUCCAGAUACUGGCCAAAGAUUUAGCCUGCCUCCGGGGCAGAGUGCUGCCAAGCCACCCUCUCCAACACCUGUCUGUUGUGUUACCUCAAAAGUAGCAGGGCAGCCUCAGUCCCCGGCCGCUUCCGAAGGGAUGCUGGAGAAACUGGAGCUCGAGGAUGAAGCUGUUGGAGAAUCAGAAAGUGAUAUCUACAUGCGAUUCAUGAAGUCACAUAAGUGUUACGAUAUUGUUCCAACAAGCUCAAAGCUUGUGGUUUUUGAUACUACACUACAGGUAAAGAAAGCUUUCUUUGCUUUAGUGGCAAAUGGUGUUCGAGCAGCUCCACUGUGGGAGAGUAAAAAACAAAGCUUUGUAGGAAUGUUAACUAUUACAGAUUUCAUUAAUAUACUGCAUAGAUACUACAAGUCUCCAAUGGUACAAAUCUACGAACUGGAGGAGCACAAAAUUGAAACAUGGAGAGAGCUUUAUUUGCAAGAAACCUUUAAACCCUUGGUGAAUAUUUCACCUGAUGCAAGCCUUUUUGAUGCUGUGUAUUCAUUGAUCAAAAACAAAAUCCACAGAUUACCAGUUAUUGAUCCUGUGAGUGGAAAUGCACUUUAUAUACUUACCCAUAAAAGAAUACUCAAAUUUCUCCAGCUUUUUGUGUCAGAAAUGCCAAAGCCUGCCUUCAUGAAGAAAAAUCUGGAUGAACUUGGAAUAGGAACUUACCAUAAUAUUGCCUUUAUACAUCCAGACACUCCUAUCAUUAAAGCCUUGAAUAUAUUUGUAGAUAGAAGGAUAUCAGCACUACCUGUUGUGGAUGAGUCAGGAAAAGUUGUAGAUAUUUAUUCCAAAUUUGAUGUUAUAAAUCUUGCUGCUGAAAAAACUUAUAAUAACUUAGAUAUCACAGUGACACAAGCUCUCCAACAUCGCUCUCAGUAUUUUGAAGGUGUUGUGAAAUGUAAUAAGCUGGAAACGCUGGAGACAAUUGUGGAUCGGAUAGUUAAAGCUGAGGUUCAUCGGUUGGUGGUUGUGAAUGAAACUGAUACUAUUGUUGGUAUCAUCUCCCUCUCUGACAUCCUCCAAGCAUUAGUGCUUACACCAACAGGCGCCCGGCAAAAGGAGAGUGGAACUGAAUGACUGCUUUGAACAGAACCACCUUGGAAAGAAGAAUUCGAAUAAAGUGGCUGGGUCAUCAUUGCCUCAAGAACAUUGAUGGCAGUAGAGAAGAGUCAAGUGAUGAUGAGAAUGUGUGUGUAUUAGGCUAAGUGAUGGAUAGUCUAUUAUUUCCCAGUGACUGUCGCAAAACAAGCAGCAUGACAAAAAGCUUCUGUAUUUAAUGCAGGCUUGCAUUUCAACAUGUUUGCCAAAAGAUUUCACCUGAUAUCCAUCUCAAAUGCACUGGAAAAGAAUAGCAUUUAAUGUUAUGUUUUAAUCUGAUGCAAGUCAUUGGUCAGCAACAGAUCUCCGACAUAAGGCAAGUGUAUGGCAUAUUCAUAUCAGAGUGCCUUAUGUCAAAAAGCCAACAAUAUGUCAUCACUGUUGCCCAUCAUAGUAAAAGAACGUGCUCUGCGAAACAAGACACUGUAUUGAAAAUUCAAAUCGCUAAGCCUAAAACCAAAUCAAUUUCAAUUAUCAUUAGAUUUGUUCUAAAAGCUGUAAUUUAAAUAUCAGUAGAUUACUUUAAACUUUAAUUACAACUGUGUGUUUCUAAAUGUUACAUUCUGAACAGAGACGGUAAACAAAACUGAUUAAAAGCAGCUUUAUUUAUUUUUA